AUGGCUGGCAAAACAGAGUCAGCAACUUACACUCAUGGCCACCACCCCUCAGUCGUGCGCUCGCACAGCUGGCGCACCGCAAAGAACUCAGUCGGCUUCCUGCUACCACACCUCAAGCCAGACAUGAAGAUCCUGGACAUUGGCUGUGGGCCCGGCACGAUCACUGUCGAUUUGGCAUCCUACGUGCCCAAUGGCCACAUCACUGGCCUCGAGCGGGUCGGCUCAAUCCUGACACAGGCUCGCAAAAACGCACAAGAAAAGGGCGUCAGCAACAUCGAUUUUGUUGAAGGCGACGCGAACGGGCUGUCCUAUGAGGACGAUACUUUCGACGUCGUGUUUUGCCACCAGGUUCUGCAGCACGUCGGUGAUCCUGUCGGCAUGCUGAAGGAAAUGAGUCGUGUCGCGAAGCCCGGCGGCAUCGUUGCUGCGCGGGAAGCUGAUUAUGGUGUCUUUGUAUGGUAUCCUGAGCUUCCAGGGCUGAAGGAAUGGCAGAAUUUGUAUGAUGCUGCUGCGCGACGGAACGGCGGAGAGCCGAAUGCUGGUCGGAUGCUGCACGUUUGGGCACGGAAGGCUGGUUUGCGCGAUGUGAAUUGUAGCUGCACCUCGUGGUGCUAUGCCACGAAGGAGGAUACUGAUUGGUGGAGUGAGUCGUGGUUUGAGCGGAGUGUGGCGUCGUCGUUUGCGACGACAGCGACGGAGCAUGGGCUUGCUAAGAAGGAGGAUUUGGAACGCAUUGCGAACACCUGGAAGGAGUGGGGACAGGAUGAGGAUGCGUGGAUUUCGGUUCCGAGUGCAGAGAUCCUAUGCUAUAAGGCGUGA